AUGGCUCGUAAACGGAGUGGAGGCUGCUGCCCCCGGCCGCCCUUCAAUGAGGACAAUGCCCGCUUCUGCCUGCUGGCAGGGCUUAUCCUGCUCUACCUGCUGUGUGGGGCGGCUGUGUUCUCCGCCCUGGAGCGCCCCUCUGAGCUCCGUGCCCACCGCCUCUGGGACCAGCAGCUGGCCAACUUCACCCUGAGUCACCAGGUAAGCCUGGGAGCCUUGCACGCGCUGCUGCGACAGUAUGAAGAGGCCAAUGGGGCUGGGAUCAGAGUGGACGCUCUUAGGCCCCGCUGGGACUUCUCUGGAGCCUUCUACUUUGUUGGCACGGUUGUGUCCACCAUCGGCUUUGGUAUGAACACCCCAGCUACCAUCCCUGGUAAAAUAUUCCUGAUCUUCUACGGCCUCAUCGGCUGUGCCGCCACCAUCCUCUUCUUCAACCUCUUCCUGGAGAGGAUCAUCACCAUGCUGGCCUACAUCAUGCGCUGGUGCCACGAGCGGAGGAUGAGGCGCUCAGGGGUGGGGCCUGUGUCUGGGGUCGGGGAGCCCCGCAGUGAGGAGGACAGUCUGGAGGGUUGGAAGCCCUCUGUCUACUACGUGAUGCUGAUCCUGGGAGUGGCGUCUGUGCUGAUCGCCUGCAGUGCCUCCUCUCUGUACUGCUCCAUGGAGGACUGGAGCUACAUGGACUCCCUGUACUUCUGCUUUGUGGCCUUCAGCACUAUCGGCUUCGGGGACCUGGUGAGUAGCCAGAGGGAGCGUUAUGAGGCCCAGGAUGCCUAUCGCCUGGGCAACUGUCUCUUCAUCCUCAUGGGCGUGUGCUGCAUCUACUCCCUGUUCAACGUUAUCUCCAUCAUCAUCAAACAGACUCUCAACUGGAUCCUGACCCGGCUGGCUUGCCCAGGUCGGCGCUGUCGGCUCCGCCAGCAGCGGCUCAAACGCAACGCUGUGCAGCCCACCCCAUCCCACCCCCCUGUGAGGCGACACCGCUACACAGACGCCUCGGUGGAGACAGUGUGUAACAGCGAGACAGACGCUGGGAUGGGAGUGGACGGGGUCGCUGGAGGCCGGCGUCUCUCUGGGGAGAUGAUCUCGGUGAAUGACUUCACAGCGUCCAAUAAGGUGUCUCUGGCGCUGCUGCAGAAGCAGCUGUGUGAGACUGCCCACCAGGGCCCCCGUCAGAGCCACGUUCCUCGUCACAACGGCUUCUCUGGGGGGGUGGGCGCAUUUGCCAUCAUGAACAACCGCCUGCAGGAGACCAGUGUGGACAGGUAAUCACACCUGACCCCAGUCACACUAACUCACAGAAAUAAAGCACUGUUUUCUGGGGGU